CCCAACAGCUCCCAGGGGUCUCCUCCAACAGCUCCUCAACGGCUGCCACUGGUGGACAGGGGCCUUCCCAUCCCAUCCACCCUACUCCCAGCCGGAGGAUGAAGAAUACCUGCCCCAGAUGGAUGAGCGAAACAAAGCACUGAAAGAAAAAUUAAUAUCUCGUCUCAGGUUUGAACCAGAGAGAACAGAGGUGUUGCUUACGGUAAAAGGCAGGGAUAUUGCCUGUGACCCGGCUGAUAGUAGUGAAAAAGACAACAGUGAACUGUCCUCCUCACUAGAGAAGAAAUACUCUAGUCUUCGCACAGCAGUUUACAGAGGAAGAACAGAAAGGAAACACAAAGCAACAAUAAAAGAGGAAGGCGUGUGUUUUGGAAAUGUGCUCUCAAGAAUACAUAAGGAGGGAAGAGAAGAAUCUGGUUUUCAACCUUCUAGCGUGUCAGAGCAAGAGACAGUGAAGCUAAAAAGGAGCAUAACAAAACCUGUGUCCUUAACAUCAGCGAAUGAGAAUUUGAAAAAGACACUGCCCACAGCUUCUGCUUGCAAAGGAGUUCAGCAUGAUUUUGACAUGUCGCCGCCUUCUCCUGUAUACGUUGCAGAUGAUGUUAGCAAGAUUGAAAUGCAAAAAGCUAUUUUGGAACCAAGUAGCCACAAAAAGACUUGUGAGCAACCAAAAGUUGAAAGAUCUUCUAAAAAGUCUUUGAGAGGCAAAGUUCGUACUUAUGAUAAAACAAAACCAAUUGAUGAUGAUGUUAUAACGCAUAUUUUGAGGCUUCGAGGCAAACUUGGCUGGCAAACAACGUUACCAUCGUGUGAACAAUUAGCUGGAGAGACUGAUGUGUCCCGACUGCAGGAGUUCACGCUUACGAGACCAUUAUUGCUAAAAGAUACUGGGGAAUAUAUAUAUUGUCUUCAACGAAACAGAAACAACUUUAAAGUUCCCUACAACCCCUACGAUUUACAGGCUGUCUCUACAAACACAGCUAUGCAAAACGAAGUGUAUUGGACGGUUACAGCUUCAUUUGUGUCUAAGUUUUCUGCAGACCGUAAUUUAGGAGAAAUGGAAACGACACCAGUUCCACAGUGGCUGUAUGAAAGGCAGAUGUAUUAUAAGUUACUCAGUUUUAAUUUAUUUUCCAAUUUCAGAAUGAAGAAAUACUUUCUUGUCUGGAAAAUCAAUGCUAGAAAAAGCAAGACGCUCAAGACCAAGUCAGUUUGAACGUAGGUUUUUAAUGCAAAAAGAAUUAAAGAAUACUUCAUCUCUUUCUGUACAGUCUAGCAAUUUGUUUCUUAUUUUUCUUAAAUACUUUAUAAAUCAACAAAGACCAUUAUACAAAUACUAGAUUACCUGUUGGUAACAGCAUGGACGUACUCUCAUUUUUAUGGUACUUUUGCCUUGCUGAGAAGGAGCCUGGAAUUUUAAUCUGGAGAAACCUGAGCUUUAAUUUUAUGUUUGUCUAGUUUUCCAAGCACAGUGGGAUUCUGCUUUAUGAGUUAGGAUUUUCUAUAUAAAUGGGUUGGAAAUAAUAAUACAGUGUUGCAGAGGGAUCGCAGCAAAUCCAGGUUGAAUACGGGCUGAAUGAGAAGAUGGAAUUCAGGCUAUAUGUUGAGUGAAGGAACUGGGAAGUGAAUGAAGAAGACCCGCUUUUUACAUUGUUUGCUGAAGAUGCAGGGACAUUCACAGAACAACCGCUCUCCUGAAGACCAAAAUGUGAAUUUUACAUACAGAAGAUGCACAAAAAUAGAAUAGAAGAGUAUGUAGAAGAGGAGAUACUUACUGUACAGUAACUGCAACUCCUUGAGAACGUGCCUCAAGACGUAAUGCUGAAGUUUUUGCUGUGUGAACCUUCUCCAUCUGGCUUGAGUAGCUCUAUGGGAACCUGCCAUGAUUGUUUACUACGAAGAAUGCAAUGGAGAAGGGUGCCUCUGUGCUGGUUGAGCAAAGCCCCUUUGAUGGAGUCUCUGGAGCGGAGCUGGGGAGCUCCAGCAGCGCUGUCCCUACCCCAGAGCACAGCGGAGAGAAGGCUCGCUCCAAACUCGGACUGUCCAGCAGCAAAGCAGGAUGAAGUAACUCUCAGGACACUUCCAAGCACCUUGCCUGUGUUCAUCUUCCAAAGUGUUCCUGCAGAUGGAAACUGCAAAGCAGCCAUUGGAAACUCCACUUAAUUCUGUAUUUGUAAUAAGCUCCCACUGAGCUUUCACAAGCCAAACCUGAACUCUCAGGACUAUAAUUUUACCCGUUGCUCUGGUGCCUCCCUCACGCUGCCUGGAGGUUGACUCAGUGUUACUGCAGGACACCUCCUCACGGAGCAGCUGGGAAUAAGCCAGGAGCUGGGAAUAAGCCAAAUUAGGUGUGGAGUAGAAAGACAUUGAUGAGAAGAGGCAGAUUGGGAGAAUCAAGCAGAUGGAUUCCUUCUGGUCAGUCCGGCUGAGUUAACCUGGCAACACCCGGCUCCACGAGGGAAUAUGAGCAUCAUAAGGAGGAGUCCUGGGCAGCUGGUCCUGGGAAGAGCGGACAAGCUCGUGUGGGUGCAGCUCCGGCCUCAGGGACCCUGAAACAGGUUGGUGACACGAAUAUUUGGUCUCGCAGUGAACAAGGCAUUGCACAAGUAUCAGUGUAAGUGUCGGCGUGUGCUUCCACUGAUGAGUAUCUGCUCAGGUGUGUUCCUCACCCUUGGGAUUGCUGUUACACGUUUCCUCCUGAACAUCUGCAGAGACAUUUCUCAGGGCUGUUGCGUGCACCGACUGAAAUUCUCUUGGCAUCCGCAGCUUCCACAAGGGUUACUUUACAAGGGCAAUAUUACCAGGUUAAAAUUCCCCAUUUUCAAUGGCAAGUCACCUCCAUUUACGUUUCACACAGGUCCCCGGGAUGGCCUUAUGAUCCAGCUGCUGUUCUUUAAGGUGUUACUGCUCCAGGUUUGUUUUCUUCAGCCGAGGCAGGAACCGAAGAACACAUGGCCUCACUGAGCCCUUACCUUCUCACAACCCUUUACGCAGAGGACACGCAGAGAAGCAAACUGGGAAAAAUGUGAUCUUUCAACAGGAAGGCGGGCUGUUCACUACCGUGAACGUGCGGAGCUACACUGUGAAGUAACAAGCACCAACCAGGCACCUGCUCCACCAAGUGCACGUCGUCUGAAAUGCAGCGCUGUGAGACAGGAGGAGGUUUUGCCGCAGCCUGUCUGCCUGUCACCCCAACAGACGGCAGGAGAACAAACCACGUCAAGGUGGGAAAGGAAAAUUGCUUGAACCAUUUGGCUACUGUGGCACUGGACCAUCUUCUGAGGAGACGGAGGGAUGGGAAGGUGUUUGGGGAAAAGGCCCACGAGCGGGGGCACUAAUGAAGCAAACGAGGCCCCUUAGACAAACGCUUAAAACUGAAGGGAAGGACCCGUCCCCUCAUCGCCAGGGGACUAGACCCACCCAAGUAUUUUUGCAAAAGCUGCUCAAGAUAAUCCAGCUACAAUUUUAAGCAUUUUACAGCACCUGAGCGUGAACAAAAAAUUGCCGUUUAACUUGCAACGUGAAUUUUACAUUGGUAGAAAGUAAAACUCACAGUAUUAUAAUAACCAGCCCUAAAUCUAGCCUUUAAAAAAAAAAAAAAAAA